UGAAAAAUAUUUUCUUGUUAUGUUUAUCCGGAUGUGAGGUUCAGUAGGUUGUUUCUUUUUAUUUUGAACUGCGAAAAUGACAGGCUUGUCGGAAAAGCCGAUUUUGAUCGACGGUCGCGGUCAUUUACUUGGAAGACUUGCAUCGGUGAUUGCUAAGCAAAUUUUGAAUGGCCGAGUCGUCGUUGUGGUUCGCUGUGAGGAUUUGCAGCUUUCGGGUCACUUCUUCCGCAACAAAAUAAAGUUUCUGGCUUACUUGCGAAAGCGCUGUAAUGUCAAUCCAGCUCGAGGCCCGUUUCAUUUUCGCGCUCCUAGCCGAAUGCUAUGGAAAGCUGUUCGUGGAAUGGUGCCACAUAAAACAAAACGUGGACAUAAUGCUCUAAGGCGAUUGAAGGUGUAUGAAGGUAUUCCGCCACCAUACGAUAGGCAGAAACGCCUGUGCGUUCCAAUCGCAAUGAGACAGCUCUGUCUACGUCCGGAUCGAAAGUACUGCGAGGUAGGCAGAGUAGCCCACGAAGUUGGUUGGAAAUACCGUGAAGUUGUAAGCAAUCUGGAAGCUAAGAGAAAAAUUAAAUCUCGCCUUUCAUACCUACAUAAGAAAAAGUUGAAAAAACUUACAUGGAGAGCUCGUUCAUCCAUUGCUGAAAAAAUCAAGGAUCAGGAUGAAGUGCUGAAGAAAUACGGAUACUUAACAUCCGAAUUUGAAAAGAAGUGGAACCGAUCGGUUCUGAACACUGAACCUGCUAAACUUGGAAGAAAAAAACGCAAAGCAGCCGCAGCUACUAGCAGCGUCUAACAUAUGAACAUUUCUGUUGCAAUGGUUCAAUAAAUGAUAAACAUGAAAAAUAA